GUUUAUUUGAACGCAUAAAUGAGUCACAGAUGCAGUACGCCAACAGGAAGGAAGGAUGUGAUUUUGAAGUCGAGAGUUCUGGGAGUAUGGCCUUCUCUGAAUCUCGUCGGAUGAUCUACGAGUUGGAGAAUGUUCGACUUACGCAUUAAAUCAAUAUAAGGGGCAGAAGGAGAGUUGCAUUCUGGUAAUGUUGUCAUGGGCCAGCUGAUGUCACAAAGCUGAUAAGCGAAGAUAAGAUAAAUAGGUACGAUAUACUCGCAUUGCUAUUGAUGUAAUAAUGGCAAAUGUCAGAUGCUGCGAUGCAGUUGUUGGUGUAGUGAAGAUAGUGUGUGAUACAAAGCAAUGACUUGACAUUUAGUUUUGGUUCGUGGAGCCAUGAUUUUCACUGAACUCUUCAGUUACAUUACGCUACAUACCUACAUUGCACUGUCAAGAAUCAGUUCAAAGCUAACCACUUUGUACUCAUUGUCCACCUGCUUGUUUACAAUCUCAAUAUUCCUGCUAUCGAUAAUAAUACUGUUCAUCACACACUGGAAGCACCAAAAAAUUCUAACAGUGAAACGAAUAGAAGCAGAUGAAGAUGCUGUUCUGCCAACCACGUCUUUGAUGGACUAUCCUGAAUCGUAUAGAUCGAGGCAUACUACACCAUUCAGUUCUGUGGACGAGUUAAAUAGGAAAAGUGUUUAUAGUUUUUAUGAUAAUGUGCCUACGAACUAUGAGAACCAUUACCAUGUAAAGUACUUACGAAGAUCUGAUAUUGUUUAAAAUGAAUAAAAGCUAGGAACCAUA